GCUGAGUGCUUUCAAAUGAGAUAGUGAAUAUAUUGCCGAAAAGCUUAAACAUGGCAACGAAAACUUCUUCCACCAUUGGAUUUAAAGCGGGAAAGUGAUGUUUUGUAUAGUAGCGACCUAAAACGUUUGCUAGAGCUCUCCAAACAGUAAGAAAUAAAAAAAUAAAACGCUUGCCAAUGUUCCAACGGAACAUAUGUGGUAGCAAGCGUGCUAAUACAUACGUUUUACGUUAGUUUACGAGAUAAUGUAACGUAAGUCGAGCAAAGCAGCUAACCGACAAAGCUGCCUGUCCGUGGGGGAAACGAUUCGAACGCAGUUAAAAGUUCCCGUCAGUUAAAUUCGAAUAACAGCAAGCGCCCCGUCUCAGGGAACAGACGGCGACUUCCUGAGGCAUGCUGAGUCAAGGCAGGAGGGCAAGAAAACAUUUUUUUUCUCAAUGAAUGAGAAUAAAAUGAAGCCGAAACGCACUCAUAGGCACACAGGACCAAGUUGGAAAGGGAAAGGCGUCAGUGCUGGUGAGAAGGCAACACUGAAUCAAGCUAAACCAGCAUCGCUUGUGUCUUCUCAUGCUCAAGUGAAGCCUUUUGCUGGGAAAGUUUUUUACCUGGAUCUGCCAUCAAACAGAAUAGCAGAGACACUGGAGAUUGACAUCAAGGAACUGGGAGGGACUGUUGAGAAGUUCUUCAGUAAGGAAAUUAAGUAUCUAGUAUCCAACAAGAGGGAGGCUAGAUAUGUGCAGUGCCUCAGGCAGGACUCUCCUGUCCCUAGCCCGGACUCCGGACAGAGUUCACCUCACCCUCGCUCAAAGCACCAGCCUGGCAGCCACGGAGACAGCAUGAAAAGCAGGUCUAUGGGCCAAACAGACACGUUUGUUACAAGUCGAGGGAAGUCUUUGGUGAAGAGAGUGGUGAAAGAGCAGGAGAGAGUACAAAUGAACAAGAUCCUGUCAAAUGCUCUGGAGUGGGGUGUGAAAAUACUCUAUAUAGAUGAUAUAAUCGCAUAUGUUCACAAGAAAAAAAAGCUUGUCAGUAGCCAGCGUCCUACUACCACUGCUGUCAAAGCAAGUGUCAAAGCUGAGUCAGUAUCAAAGCAAAGCUUUCACAAAUGCAGAGGUGGUCGAAUCAGUAAACCGUUGAUCAAAGUUGAGGAUUCAAGCAGACACUACCGUCCAAUCUACCUCUCAAUGCCAAACUUGCCUGAGUUCAACCUGAAGUCUGUUCCUCCCUGUAGUCCCUUCUCCGUCGAGGACAAGGAUCCUCCUGCGAACAAACAGCGGGCACACAGAGGUGGGAAAGCCUCAGCCAGUGAAGAGAGAGCACACGGCCGAAAGAAGAACAGAGACAAGAAACGAGGUGGCUACUGCGAAUGCUGUAUGAUCAAAUAUGAGAACGUCACAAUGCAUCUACAGAGUGAACGUCACAAAGCUUUCUCCAAGAGCGACGAAUACUUGGUUGUGGACAAACUGAUUUCAGCGCUGCAUUGCAAUUUCGUCCACAUCAGAAAUCAAGUUAAAAGACCAAAGUGUAGUGUUUCCUCUACUCUGAUUGUUCCUGGACCAUGUGGGAAAACUGAGCUAAGGCAGAAGGGAUGCCUUGAUGCCACAGAGGUUAUUAAAGAAGAGCAGCACCGGACUGUUGAUGGGCUCGAGGGAACUUACUCAGGACGUGCUUUAAAAAUUGGAUCAGUUCCUGCUUCUGCUGCUCCGACUCAGAUACAGGAGGAGGGCAGGAGGAGCUUCGACACUCACUUAGACAGAUCCAAGCACAAAUCUCUUGCACAAAAAGGGCCAUGCAGACAAAAUUCCCUGACUCCUCGCCCUCCGAAGGAUCCUCAGUCCAAGAUGGAAACAGCUCCCUCUAGAGGUGAAUGUCCCAUCCUUUUUCCCUCCAGAGUUACUCAGAUUGACCCUGUGGAGCAAAUAAUAACCGAAGACCUGAGGAAUUCAACCUCUCACAUACAUAAUAUGAACAUACAAAAUGAAUUCUCUUCAGAAAGUCUUAAUGGUGUAACAAAUCAACAAGAGCAGGAUUCCUCAGCGUUUGAGGCUGUUCAGGAUGGAAAUGUGCUGGCCGACAAAAUUACCGGGAACAGCCUCUCUAAAAAGGAAGAAGCAAGUCUUCCCGUGCAAAGCUUCUCUCCAGGCAGGAAAAUACAGAGGAGGACCAGAGUUUAUAAACGCAAAAGACGGAAAAUGGAUACGUGUGCUGAAUAUGUAAAGCCAAAUGAGACUCCUAACAACUCCGCCCUGAAACUUUGGGAGCUUUUUCAGUCAAGUGAUGAAAUGGAUGCUGAAUUUCUUGGUUUUGAGGACUAGGAAGGGAAAAAAAUAAUUGAAGAGAUAAACUGGACUAUCAUUUCCUUUUCCAGCAUGAGCCCAUGCUAUGCUCUGAGCCAUGGACUGUGUGAACCACUAGAUUUUUCUUGUCUUUAAAAAUGUCAAUUUAAAGACAGAGGAAUGAUCUGCGGUGGCUUUUAAUUUGUUUAUGUUGUUUAAUAUUAGAUGAAAGGCAGCUGUUGAUGUGCUGUAACAUUUUGUUCACAGCACUAUAUAAGAGAUAAAACUUGAAAAUGUUAAACCAGCAUACAAUGACAUUUUUAAUUCUAAAUUCAACAAGAGGCUGGUCAACGGUAAAAUGUGUCUCUAAUGUACAAAAUGUAGUGCCAUUUUGAUUCGGAAUUGCAUCGCUCUUACGCGCUACAUUUUAAAACUUAAUACAAAUCUCUUUUGUGAGGGCUAUAAAUUAAGGAAGUUAGUUGCUUUUGCCUGGAUUCAGCUGCUGCAGACAGAGGAACGAAUGCAGAGCCAAGUUCAGCAUCUAAACUAACAGCAAUUCAGGUUUUUAGGUCAAAACACCAGGAACUGGAAUAAAAUGUCACCCAGAGAUGACACCCAGAUAUUUAGCUUUGAUGAGGUUGGUACCUUUUAUUACCACUUGAAAUGCUCAAUUUUUUUUAUUUUUUUUUUUGUCAGAGUUGGUCUGGUGUCAGCAUUCAGUCUUUUCUGAAUACUGACUUGUGACUUCAUAUGGAAAAAAAGUCAGCUUUAGUCAUAAUACUUUACACAGUAAUCUGGAGAAACAUGUCUUGAAUCCUCCCAGACACACGGAGGUUGUAUAUGUAUAUUUAAAAAAAUUAUAAAGUGUUUGCAUAUGUAUUUUAAUGUGAAUGACCUGUAGGCUGGACAUGUGGUACUUGACAUUAUAUUUGACAUUUUAGGAUUCUUCCUAAGUGCACUUUUUA